UGGCGGGCAUCAUCCUCCUGGUGGGCAUCUUCAGACAGCACGCCCACCGGGUGGUACGGCGGGCUUCCGAUUGGUUCACUUUCCGCCCAGGAGCUGGCUGCCACUUUCCAGAUCUGCGCUUGCACCCACGAACUCUGCCUGCUGGGCGGCCUGCUGCCCCGCCCGGAGAUCGCCCUGUGGCUCACCUACAUUUUCACCGUCCUCCACGGCUGGACGUUAACGGGCAGCGUGGGCAACCCGGCCAGCAGCAUCCAACAGCUUUACAAGGGGCAGCUGAGGUCCCACGGGUGGUGCCUGCAGACGGCGGGGCAGUUGACGGCGGCCGUCUUGGCUCACCUGGGCAUGAAAUUCCUCUGGAUGCUGGGCCUGACCUCCGGCCACCAGAGAGCCCAGCCGGACGUCUGCAGCAACCCCAUUCAGACCACCAUCCCCAACGCCUUCGGCCUGGAGUUCCUCUUCUCCUUCCUGCUACACCUGACCUUACUCCAGUUUGAGUCCACGAGCCCCACCAUGAAAGUCCACCUGAUCGCUCUGUUGAUCACCUCCUUUGUCUACACAGGAGGACACCUCACUGGUGCGUUAUUUAACCCAGCCCUGGCUUUUUCUCUGCAUGGAAACUGCUUCAUAGACCAGUUCUGGAAUUACCUGGCGGUGUAUUGCAUCGCACCAUGCGCCGGAUCCUUGUUUGUCUCUGUUAUAUGGGAUGACGUUCUCCCUGGGAGGCACAGAUAUGUUUAAGGCCCGAGACGACAGAGGUUCAAGCAUCCCAUUACAAAAACAGAUGCAAUUUUCCUCGCCUUUUCCUGGAGACCGACGUCAAAGUAUUCUUAACAUCUUUCAGAGCUUGAUUUUGAGCCUGUCUUGUGCUUUAAAAAUUUCCUGCGCUAAGACAUGUGGGGGAAAAAUCACCGGGAUGUGUUUUUCAGAUCCUUGAAAACUUGAAAAGCCAAACAUCUGUACACCUUUUUUACAAGGGAAGUUAUUUUCCUUUUAUGCCCAUUUCAUCCCUUUUUCAGGAAAUAAGUUACCGUUUUAAGCGAAAACAAACA